CAAUCAGGAAACGCUCCGCUCCCGUGACACUCUGGCUGCCUCGGGCUUUCCCUCCGUCACAUAACAUUUAAUUUCCUCUUCGCCUGCUCUUUUUAAAGUUGAUUCAGUUCUGUAUGCUACUCCAGUCUCAGUUUUUCAUUAUAUUGUCUAAAACGUGAUAUCAACAAUGAGGCUGGGUGUCUUUCUUUUGCUCCAUGUGGUUGCGACCGUCGCCUCAGCUGAAACGAUGACAGCAGCCACGGUUUAUUGGGACCCUGAUCACAAGCUUGUCCAUCUCAAAGAAGGCGUGCUGGAGACUGAGGGUGAUGCAUAUGGGUACCUGAAUGACACCCUGCUCAGUACAGGCUGGAGUGUCCUGGAAAUCCGUGCAGGAUACGGAAAGACCCCAGAAACCGACGAGGUCACCUUCUUCCUAGCUGGAUACCUUGAAGGUUUCCUUACUGCCCAGCAGAUGAUGGAUCACUACACCAACAUGUAUCCAGCGCUGAUCCGCGACCCAACGGUCCUCGGCCCACUUAAGACUUUCAUGGCGAAGCAGGACUCAUGGGUCAGAGAGCAAGUGAAACUAAACAAGACCUCUGAUCCUCUGUGGAAACAUAUGGGCUUCAUCAUAGCCCAGAUGGAUGGACUGCAAGCAGGAGUUGCCCAGUGGGCCAAGGAGCAAGGAAAGAAGCCGCUCUCGCUGUUUGCCAUCCAGUUCCUGAAUGGAGUGGGAGACCUGCUGGAUCUGAUCCCAGCCCUGGUCCCAGACUCCAACCCUCCUCUCCGAGACUUCAAACUUCCAGGGAUGGGGCACUGCUCUGCACUCAUCAAGAUGCUGCCAGGGUACGAAAAUCUCCUGUUUGCCCAUUCCAGCUGGUAUACGUACGCUGCCACAAUGCGCAUCUACAAACACUGGGACUUUCACAUCUCUGAGCCCCACACAGCCACUGGGAGACUGUCUUUCAGCAGCUACCCUGGUUUUCUGGUGUCUUUGGAUGACUUUUACCUCUUAGGCAGUGGUCUGAUGAUGACCCAGACUACCAACAAUGUCUUCAACUCCUCCCUGUUUGACACAAUCACCCCAAUCAGCCUGCUAGCAUGGCAGAGAGUCAGACUGGCUCACAGCUUGGCUCAUACAGGAGAGGAAUGGGCCAAAACCUUCUCCAUGUACAACUCCGGCACCUACAACAACCAGUACAUGGUGUUAGACCGGAGCAAAGUGAAGCUGGGCCAGAGCGUUGAUGAUGGCGCUCUGACCGUGGUGGAGCAGAUCCCCGGCUUGGUGGAGUAUUCUGACCAGACACAGGCUCUGCGCAGAGGUUACUGGCCAUCCUACAACAUUCCCUUCCACCAGAAGAUCUACACACUUAGUGGUUAUCCAGAAAUGUGGAAGGAAUAUGGCGAGGACUUCUCCUACGAUCUCUGUCCAAGAGCCAAGAUCUUCCGCCGUGACCAGGCCAAUGUCAAAGAUCUGAACUCCUUGAAGUACAUCAUGAGAUUUAAUGACUACAAGAAAGAUCCAUACUCCAAAGGCGACCCCUGCAAGACCAUCUGUUGCCGUAACGACCUGAAAGCAGAGAAGCCUUCAGCGGGAGGUUGCUAUGACACUAAGGCGACAGAUUUCCACAUGGCGGGGGACUUUGUUACGGAAGCAGUGAACGGGCCAACGACGCAGGAUGGACUCCCGCCGUUCUUCUGGGAUAAAUUUGGCAGCAUCUCCCACCAGGGCCUGCCACGAUUUUACAACUUCACUUUUGUGAAGAUGCAGCCUCUCCUCUUUGAACCAUGAGGUGUGUGUGUGUGUGGCUGUGGAUCUGUGUGAGAGAUGAAGAGAUGCUUUCUGUUUGAUGAUUUCAGAGUAAUAAAUGUCCAGGUUCAAAGGUAAAAUCUGAUGUUUAGUUUGUGUACAAUUUAUCUUGAGAUUCCUUCUGUAAUUUGAUUGAAAGAAAUCCUGUUUUAAAUCAGUAUUGCGACCAGUAUCUCACUCAGGAGGUGCAGCCAGUGGUGCCUUGAACACUGACAGUGACUUUUAUGAUUUGAUAAAAAUGCCAAAUCAAUGCACUUAAUCAGUUUAUGAACUCAUGUUUUGUUUUGUUUUUAGAAAGCUUGAAUGUCCUUAUACAUACCAACACUAUUAUUAGAAUCAUAAAUGAAAAAGUGCAAUGCUGUACUCAGGUAUCAAUCCUCUCUGGUGAUCUGUCUGCAUUUAUUUCUUGAACUAUAAGAAAUAAAAAUACCUUAGGUCUAUCUUUUUCUACAAACCUGAAUGUUUCUGUAAUACUGUGCACGUGAAACGUGCCUUCAUUUUCAGUGUCUGCUGUUUAUUAAAGUUUUCCAUUUGCACCAA